UCACAGAUAAGUGUUUCCGGGGGACUACAUUACUGACGCACCGCGCCAAACUACAAAACCGCCUGUCAACCAUAGAGCUGUCAACUCCACCACAAGAAAAAGAUACAUAUUUAAAAUGCCUGUGAAGAGAGCCCUUCAGUUACAAGACAAAGAAAACAGCCCAGCUAAGAGGCGAGCACCAAACAGGGACUAUUCCCCCAUGACUGGAACCCAAAUGAGUCCCACGACAAAACCUGCAGCAAGUAAUUCCAGAGCAGGUGGGAAGAAAGCGAAUCCUGCUCAAAGAAAAGAGCCCAUGACAGAUGCUGAGAGAAUUCUGUUCCUCAGGUCUAAGGUGAAAAAAUCAUUCAGAGACCUCAUGAAAUACAGGCAGCAGCUGGAAACAUUAGUGUCAGUAGAGGGCAGUAGUGAGCUGAGGAGUCUCCUGCUGAUGAGUCCUGUUGAUCUACAAACUGAACUCAAGAGACAUGAGAAUCUGUGUGCUAAAAUUGCAUCGUGUGCACAUAAAGCAGACACAAACAAGGGCCAUUUCCAAGGGAAGAAACAGACUGGCAGCUCUUAUGAAUUUCUGAAGACAAUCUUAAGCCGCUGAGGGAUCAUUUUUCGAUGUACGACAUGGACGGCAGCUGGUGCCUGCUCAAGGUGGAUCACGUAACUCUCUCUUUAUCACUUCUAGAGGCUGUCUCAAGGACAAAAGCUUAAGCUGACCUAACAAAACACACACUUGUCACACACUUUGCAUUGCUACACUUGAGAAGAACAAGAACAGCGUUUCAAAAUUCACUUUUCAAGAGUACUGCAUGACUCAAAAAUGAAUGGUGCUAAUAUUAGCACCAUUCAUUGAAAUUGUAUCAUGCACUCCAGUAUUAUGGCUUGCUGUUUGCUCUAUAUUAUAUCGAGUAAGACUGUCAAACCAAAACCUGUUCAUUCUCUCCUCAGACCUCGCUCAGGCUGUAACACACUAGCCCCUUUGUGACCUGAUAACAUUUAUAGUUGUAAUGGAUUUUUUUUAAUGGCCAUCAUUAACUCGCACAAAGAAGGGGGAAAAAGAUUGCUUGUAUUUUUUCCCCUUGGUAUUUCAGCUUUACAGCAUUAUGUUCUGAUAUGUCUCCUUCCAUCAUUUUUGUUUUACAGCUCAUGAAGUUGAAGCGUUUAAAUGCAUAGCUUUAGUUCUAGCCUCAUGUCUUCAGUCAUUGGCAAGAUUAUUCCUUUGUAUUAAUGAAUGUUUUUCUAAAUUUACUACUUAAAAAUAAUAUUAGUAGUUUAUUAUUAUUAUUUUGUUUAUUUGAUGUUGCCUUUUGUUUAGAGCUGCAUGAUUAAUAAAAAAAACUAAAUAAAAAACAAAUUAAAAUUGUGAUGUGGCUUGGUGCGAUUUCCGUGCUACAAAAGCUGUGAUUUAAGUAUAUGCACAUUGUUUAAUAAAUAUUAGUGUUACAUUUUUACAGACGUACUGUAAACUAAGUGUAUUAUUUUUCUUAAAUUAUAUAUUUUUAUUUUAUAGGGAAAUAUAGUAA